CCUCCUCCUCCUCGCUCCUUCGUCCCCUCCCGGUCUGUGUACCUGCACUGGCCGGUGGCCACCCUCUCUCCCUCCUUCCCUGCCUCCCUCGAUUUCUGCACGAGCUUCGGAGUCCGUCGACAGCGUCUGUUGGGCGCCCCCCACCAGCGUCGACAAAAUGGAGCCACUUUGUCGACGAAUGCGACUAAAACAGGAAAAUGCUCUCGCGGACCGACAGAGCCGAGCCCCUGCCCCUGCCCCUGAUCCAGCUCGAUGUUGGUAAUUGGAUGCAGUCUGGGCGGCACUCGUUGAGAGCCCCGAGGGAGGGAACAGAGUUCGGAUUCGACGAAUCGAGCGAAAAUGGAGGGAAGGCCGUCGUUGACAACUCCGGGCUCCACGUCGAGGCAGACGGCAGACGACAGAAGAGCGAUGGCCCCACCGCAGUCGCCGCUCGGGCUCGGGAACUAACAGCAGCACUUUUCCAUGGCUGGAGGAGAAUCGGUGCGAGCGGGCGAGCUCAGAGCCUCAAUACCACGUUCCGAGUGCGGAGGAUCGAUGGACGAGGGGAGGGCAUGAAAGCUUCUGUGAUCACGAGGGCCCGCCCGACACGGACCCACCGGCCGGGCCCGCUCGGCUGGAGCCCAGUUGGGUGACAGAAUAGUUUUCUCGAUCAGCCAAAAGCACCGUGUAAUGCGCGCGGUGGUAAUAACUUUGCGCAUCGAGACCGUAUCCUAUCCUAUUCGACGAGCAGAAUUCUUGUCCAUUCUCAUUCCUUGCACACCGUCGUCGUCGUCGUCACGAGCUCGCGCGACAUGCUACUUCACAUUCUUGCCUCUUGACUUUUGUGCCUACUGCGAGCUCAUGAUUACUCGAGCUCGAGAGCCCGAGAGAGAGAGAGAGAGAGAGUGUUUUCGCGCCUGGAUGAGAACCUCGACACCUCGACGGACUCCAUGGUACUCCCCCAAUCCCAUCCUCCUAGUCCUCCUCUGGCGCCCACGGUCCAUCCUCCCGUCGCUGCUCAAACUUACACCAAACGCCAUAUCAUGGCGUUUCACGUCAUUCCGACUUUUCCUCCCGCUUUUCACUCGCGCUUCGCGCAGUCGAUUCUGGUGCCCCUCCCCUCCCGUAGCAGCAGCCCUCGUCUCUGAGCCCGAGCCGUCGAUCCACCGUACGCAUGUGGCACUUACUUCCGCGCGUGCGUGUGUGUGAGGCUCAUUGCUCCUCCUUGUGCUCAGGAAGAAAAGGCAUGUCCAAUGUCCAAUGUCUCGCGCUCGGUGCAGAUCCGGGUGUCACCAGGUUGUCACUCUGACCCAAAGAGCUCGUUCGUGAUUCCCACAGGCUUUUCAGUUCGCAGCCAAUGCGCUCUUCCAAGUUGCUUACCAUCUCCUGGAGCUCUCGGUCGAAGAUCGAAGCUUUGUGCAGAUCACAGAGCCGAGCAUCGACCCUCGCCACCGUCUUGUGAUGAAGUGAAUCUAGCCAAAAGGUCAUGCAAUACCAUACAUACCUUCCAGGAAUUAUGUCCAAUUCUAACACCAAGGAUUUUCAAUAUAUCUUGAG